AUGGCGUCAACUAAGAGCCACAUUUCGUCGACAAAUCUCCACUCUCGCGCAAACCCUGCGCAGCCACACCCAGACACCGCGUAUUACGCACUCCACAAACUCAUCCAAGCCAUCGCCCAUAGUCAACACGAAGCACAAGCACUACUGUUUCCUCAUGACGCAACUGAGCUCGCGAGACAUGCCCUGUGCGGGAUCAUAUUCCCUCCCGUCACAACCCAGCCAACCAUCAUCUCCCGUCUCUCCGAUGCCCAGCUCGAUGCCCUGCUCGAUGCCAAACCCCUCGAAGGACGAUGGGAUCCGCGCACGCCUCAGGCGCAAAACCUAAAAGACAAGGCUGCCAACUUUAUUACAACCCACGCCUUCAUAGCCGGUUCUCUUACAUGGCGGUGCUUGGAAAGUGAGGAGAGCUUGAAGAGUGGCCUGGUUGGAUUGCAUCCGGCGCUCUCUCGACGACAACCGUUCAACUUUCGAGAUCCUUAUCACUCUGCGUUCAACCAAGGGCAGAAAGACAGCGACAAAACGAACUUUGGAUGGUCUGGCUUGGCCAUGAUGCGAGGUUCACGGUGCUUAGGCGGCAUCAUCGCAACCGAUACCUACAGUUCGUCAUCUGACUUAGACAAUGAGGACGAAGGUCUCCCUCCCGUCUAUCAGAGCGAGAUCUGUGCCCUGGCAAUACUGCUAUCGCAGCAACUAACUCGGCAAGUCGUCGAGCCAGUUCGCCGCUUCACGGCUGUCGUAAUCAACCUUACCCACACACACGCCCGCAUCCUCGAAGGUGCGGUCGAUGACCCCCGCAACCCCAGCAUAAGUAUCUUCCUCUGCGAGAGUAUCUGGCAUGGCAUAGCUGACAUUGCGAGCACAAUCGCCAGUGACCAGGGGGGAUGCGAAGCAGGGCUCCGGCAGCAGAAAAAGCAGGUUAGGUGCGACAUCUUGCGAUGGGCGCUCUUCAUGGACAGCGAGCUUUCAUCUCUCGAUGUCCCGAAGCUGCGGGUUGCUGCUAACCCUGGCACAGUGAUGGGUGCAGACGAGAAACUCCGGGAUGCGAGUGGCACGACGGUGGAGAGUGCCUUUGCGUCGUCUAGUUCCCCGGCGAUGAGCUCGGGCGAGUCGGAUCCUGACGCGUGA